GGAUGAAACGAAAGUUGAGCGAAGCACGGAACCAAGGUCACCAUAACUGCGAUGGUAUCUCGACGCCUGUGGGUGGUCUAUGAGAUUUUUUGAAACCGUGACAACCUUCUGAGAACUCUAAACCUUAAUAUGCAUGUUCUACGGCCAUAUUCAGGGAAGAACAAACAUUUUGGGAUAGCCGUUUCAAACGUUGGAGCAUUCGAACAGGUUACGGUGUUUUAUCUUUUUGCGUGUAGCAGACCGGCGCGGCGUGCAAUCAGCGUGAGGCUUUAUUUCGCAAUUGGUGAGAUGUUUUCGAGGUAAGAUCACGAUGAAGAAGACGGAAAACAAGUUGCAAAAGCUGUCGAGACGAAAAUAGCUUUCCGCAAGUCGUUCGUUCUCAGGUCACGUCCCGAUGCGUGUCCCUUAAUGUAACAAAAGAGCGUAAGAUAUAAUUUCCAGACGUUUAUUUGGAUUCCAUGGAUUCUUCCGUUGUGCUCUCGGCUCUUAACGGUUUGAUAUUGUGCCGGUACUGUGAUUCGCAAUGGCGAGCAGCCAGCGGGUAGGAAAUUCUCCAACAGUGACGUAAAAAGGUAGCGCUCAGGGGCAUUUCUUUAACGCGGCGCCACCCAUACGAAGAUCCCUUUUAUAGCUGUACGAAUCAAAACAGACUGGCUUAUCUUGCUCGUCCGAGUUUAUUUCCUUGCGUUUCUGCAACUUUAAUUGGAUGCUCGCAGAAGGAGAGGAUGUAUCGACUGUAAACGAGUCAUGGAAAUUGAUAUGCUUCGAUGCUCCAAUUAGAACACGGUCCCUGCAGAUAUGUUAAUCUGGCAAAAGCAUCUGCAUUUAAAUCGUGUUUGUCUGAAAGGUUGCUACGUAUGCCGGUGACCCUGACAUUUACACUGAUGCAUUUCACGUGUGUUGUUCGUACGUUGAGCACAUUAAGUGGUGCUCACAUCGACAUGCUCUGUCGACAGCGCCGCUUAACAAAUGAGUCUGUCUCUCGUAUAAUAUCGCUUGUCUAAUUUCAAUACGGUCAACAACUACGAUAUUUUUAUAUUUUUUCUCCUCGAACACACGGUAAUCACCGCAAUAAAUACUAUCGAUAUGAGCAGACUUAUUAUCAGAAUGCAGUGUAAUUCAGAAGCUACAACGUUCCUGCCCGUAUUUAAUAACGAGGCGCUUUGGAACGAAGAAGAAGAACAAAAAGGAAGAAAAAAUGAAAUGAUCCCCUUGGUGUCGAUGUGCUCGUGUUUGCAAAUCCCCGUCGGAGUAUUGACAUCCUCCGGGCGCGUAACAAAAACGAGAGAGAAAACCUGUUUAACGUACAAAUAUUGAGCAGCUACUAGAUUCUUCUUGCGCCUCGUACAACACUCGUGAAAAUAACGCGUCAGGCAACGAGUAUAUUGGCGAGAGAUGAGCGGCAAACAAUUCAGUACGAUGCAUACUUUGAAAAGCAUUGUCUUGUCAUUAUUUUCUGUGUCUUGAAAAUAUCUAUUGGCAUAACUGGAUAGGGACCAGGGUAGGUCUAUGGUGACCUAACGCGCAGCGCUGUAACCACACAAUAUAUGGUGAUAUAACACGUAGGCGAACUAAGAUUGGUCUUUUCGCAAAAAAUUCUAGGCACGUCAAUGGUAUUAUCUUUCCUUACAUAUAUUCGAGUAUGACGUAGGCUUGCUUUAGUCCAAAGGAGAUGUAGGAGGAACGUGUAAAUCUAGAUUCUCUUUGAGAAGUUCCUAAAUAGAAGAUAAACGGUAGACUGCAUCUCUUUCGUUCAUAACCAAGGCCUGCAUUGUACGUCGAAUGUAACUGUACUUUAGCCAAACUGCCUCACGCUUUAACUUUUGUCAAUUUUUUCUUCUAAGGAAGUGGAUCAUCCGACAGAUCGAAUCGAACGAUUGGUCGUUGAAAUGAAAUGCAAAUAGUCUGUACAGUGGACGCUGAUGUAAAAUAUGUUUGGAAAGAACACCCUGUGCUGCUGCAAUCUUCUUUCAAGCGAUAAGAUCGAACGUCUAAAAAUAAACGGUUCAUACGCACCAUACGUGAACGGCUACGUACGAACGACAUGGGUACCAAAAAUUUACGACAGCCUACGGUACCAGGAUUUUAUUAAGAUUGGCGCCUCGAGGAAUGAUUUCCCGUGGAUACGUCGAGUAUCGGGUAACAACGCUGAGACCUUCGACGAUCGUAGAUGAAGCGUGAAGAUGUAUAAACUGCAUUGUCGAAGGUUGUCCAGCAAGGUCGCGAGCUCCUUUAUAUAUAGAUGAUUGCAGAACAAAGAUGAACGAAAUGCAAGAAUAAAGAAAUUUCACCAUUUUCCGAUUUAUGUCUUCUUUUAACUUUUAACAUACUGUUAGAAAAGAAAUCCUGGAUAAAGCAAAAAUUCAAUCAUCAGCGGAGGUGUGUCUAAGUGCAACAGAAGAAACCGCAGUCCUUUCCGUUACUUAUGUUGAGUCAAUUCGCUUGGUGAAUCCUAGCGAACUCGACCACGGUACUCGCGAGCUCAUAAACGUGGGCGUGAACUUUUCAAUAAAGCCUGUCCCUCGCAGAUGCUUGAACGCGUGUAUCGGGAUCAAUGACACGCCCGCAGAUUCUCGAGGUAUCCUCUACGAAGUUAAAGUGAAUAUAAACUGAAUGUAUAAUUUGACAAAAAUAUGAUAACCAGUCCUUAGUCGCUAGUGUUUGCCGUGUAUGCGCACCUGAAACUUGUUCUGAUAAAAUUCGUUUGUUUUUUACUAAAAAUUCCAAUAAUAUUGUGGAAAAUAUGGCUGAGAGAAUAUCAGAAAUUUUUAAUGCGUUUCAGGAUUAUUUAAAUAAUGAAGAAGAAUUACGUGAGGAAAUCCGUGCCGUUGUAAAAGAUCUUGACAAGAGUGCCAGAGACAUUCUUAUGAUAUUACAAAAUAUUCACAGUGAAAAUAAUAUGGAAGAAAACAUAAUAGUAUCACAAUAUUGUGCAAGUGCAAGAGAAUUAUUCAAAGAUGUACGCAUAAAAUAUUCAAAACUUGCAUUAGUUGUACCAAAAGAACAAUAUUAUAGAUUUCAUGAUCAGUGGCGAUUUGUUACACAGAAAUUGUGUUUUUUAGCUUCUUUAAUAAUAUAUUUAGAAAUUAAAGUAUUAGUUACCAAAGAGACUGUCGCAGAAAUGUUAGGAGUUAAAGAUAACAGAGAAGAUGGUUUUCAUUUGAACCUAGAAGAUUACUUAAUGGGUUUGUUGCAAUUAUCUGCAGAAUUGAGUCGUUUUGCUAUAAAUAGCGUUACUAAUGGUGAUUACAAUCGACCUAUAGAAAUAGCCAGAUUUGUGAGUGAACUAAAUGCAGGCUUUAGACUUUUACAAUUGAAAAAUGAUUCCUUAAGAAAACGCUUUGAUGGCUUAAAAUAUGCUGUUAAAAAGGUAGAAGAAGUGGUUUAUGAUCUUAGUAUACGAGGUUUAAAACCAUCUUCAAAUUUGGUAACACAAGAAACAGAGUAACUAUUUUUUAAGUUUUAUAAAAAUAAUAAUAUAUAUAUAUAUGUAUAUAUUAUCACAUAUAAUAUAUUACUGAAACAGUUAUGUUUAUAUUAUUUAAACUCUAUAAAAUAUUAUACUUACAUAUUUUUAUAUUAAUUUCUAUAACUUUUGAUAAUUUUGAGCAAAAAAAUUCUUCUACAUUAUAGGCACCAGAUAUUCCUAAAAUAUGUGAUGAUAUAGUAACCUACACACAAAUUUUAAUUAAUCAGAAUUAAAUUAUAUUGAUUUUAAGUAGUAACAUUAUAAACUUACGGCAGUUCUUCUAGAACAUCCAAACUCCUGAAAUUUACUGUUUGCAUAAAACUAUUAUUAAAUAUAUUUUUUUGAUAAUUGUACCUCAAUUAAUACUGAUAAAGACACUGCCAUAAUUUUUACAAUUUUCUAAUACAUUUCCACAUAAUAAACGUAAAAUUUCUUAAUUUUUCUAAUGCAUCACUGUUAUCUGAAACAGAAAAUCAAUAAUCAAAUAAAUUAAAAGUACAUUUACAUUGUUAUAAAUUUAAACUGAGUGGUUUUCCACCAAAAUGUAAACAUUCGAUGCAUAAAUUCAGUGUUUAGCGUACUACAACGGUAGUAGUAAUUCGCCUCGAUACAGACUCAUUGCGAUAAUUCUUGUGAUCCGAAGAAAUUCAAAUUUCACAAAUAUAGGAAAAAGUGAAUAUAAUAAACAAUAGCUAACAAACCGUCAAAUACUGUUAAAUUUGGAAGUUAUAUUCGAAUACGGUAAGAUAACCUAGAAACCACGGAUAGAAUUGAAACUUCAUGCGCCAUGUCGAUACGCGGGAACAUUAUCUUACUUCAAUAAGAGGAUGCUGUAACUAAAUGUAACGACUGUCAUUUUCAUCAAUUUGAAACUGUCAUAAUAAAAAAUUUGACCUUUCGUAGUUGA